GUGUGAAUGUGUGUGGAUACUGACGAAUGAAAUACGAGCAUCAGUUCUUGUGGAUAUGGAUGUAACGCUGAUAAGAGAUAAUGAUAUUUGUGCCACUUUUAUCAUAUUAAUAUAAACUUAUCUUGCUCUUCCUCAGCCUUCGUCUGAUGCCCGUGAGCCGGCAUGAUGCACGGGAAGCAGUUCCGGGUGCAGCUGCAGGAGACGCCGACGAUGGACCUUUACUCCCAGGAGAACACGUCGCUCCACGUGGACGACCCGCUGGCUAAUUUCCACACGGGGGAGUGGGAGAGCUACAUGAAGAAGCGAAAGAGCAAAUCAGUGAGGACGCGGGAGAUGACUUGCCAGACCAUUCCCAGCUACACCAUGGACAAAACCACGCAGAAGUCGGCCACGGCAAAAAAGAACAACAGCUGCAUGGCCACACAGUGGAGUAUGUACGACGAGUAUCGCACGCUCCGCAAGACGGGCAGGGCCAUUACAGCUCUGAGUACAGUUCUCCUCAAGGGCGUCUUGGGGAGUCGGGAAACAGCGUUAUCGUUAUCAAGCAAGGCGCAGAAGAGGAAGGGGGCGAAGGAAGCGAAGAAGGAAGUGAAGGAGGAAGUGAAGGAGGAGGUCAAGGAGUCAGUUACUCCUCGUCUUGUGGUCGAGUAUUACCUCGGGAAGACGAAGGAGGAGGGAGAGGCGGAUGGCAAGAACGGAGAGGAGACGCCUGCCGCAGGAGAGCCGGAAUCGAAGGCGCCCCGAGGUAUCGUGGUGAAGAGCCUCCUGAAGGGCCUGGGGUGGAUGGAACGCCUCAUCUCCACCACGGACAACAUCCAUCUCCUCCGCACCUACUCGCAGGACACGACCCUCCCGCAGAAGGCAGGAGAGCGGAAUGGGGACGUUGCAGCUGCGGCGGGGAGGGAGCACGGUCGGGACGGAGGCGGCAAAGGAGAGGGCGGCGGGCGGUGGCAGGCGCGAGAGGGCGAGGGACAGCUGGAGGCGCUGUGGCAGUUCUCGUGCCGCUUGACCGCCGGACAGAGGAUCAACCAAGUGGCUUUCUCAAACAGCUCCAAGGUCACUGAUAUAAGAUAUAAUGGUUAA